AUAUUGAUUCGAAUCAAAAUAAGACCAGUGGAGGAGGAACCGGAGGAUUAUGGUGGAGCAUCACUAUAGACCCGCAGAGUCGCUGUCCAUCAAUGCUUAACGACGACGAUAAGAAUCUUGGUAGGGGCCCCACCGGGACGCUCAGACAGCGAUUCUGGCGCAAUUGGAUGAAUUCGGUAAUCUUACGACCGCUGUGAGCGGGGGAAAUUAUCACAGGGGUUAUACGUUCAUCUCGUAAGAGAUUAAGAAGCAAGGAUCGACGAGACAGUCAAGAGUAAGGCUGAGUUGGAAUAUACCUCGUAAGCCCUAGUCUGUAUAGGGUAUAGAGCACCUCGUGAUCAUUCCACUCCUUUUGCUCUCGUCAACAGUCUUUGUUUUCGUGAGAUUGUCCACAUCGCACCAGGUUGUAGUGACUUUUCUUGCGUGGCCACGAUGCUCACAAUUCAGCUGGAAAAUCAAUUAGCCUGCUAUUCAGGUCAUGAACAUCUUCGCGGCUGCGUCGUCUAUCAUUGCCCCAACCCGAUCGACAUUCAAGAGAUUCGGGUGAGCUUUUACGGCCGCGCCAAGGCAAAGGUACAGAAGGUCAAGGGCGCCGCCGCGCCCGCUGCGACCUACCGAAGCAAAUGUAUUCUCUUUCAGGAGGAAAAGACUCUAGCCAUCCCUAAUGGCGGUCAACUGGCCCGGAAUACAUACGAAUGGCCAUUCGAGUUUACAUUCCCCUCGCAAGUGGAAUCACCCGCAAAAUGGCCCGAAAAAGCCCCUUUCCGUAGCGAUGAACACCACCCGCUGCCUCCAUCGUUUGCGGUGGACGUGGGUGACUCGCAGCGGAAGCUUCACUGUGUUAUCGAAUAUCGCAUCGAGGUUCAAAUGUUCAAGCCACAAAAGAACUUUCUGUCGAAGAAAGCGCCGUUAUAUACCGAAGCGCUGCGAGUCAACUUUCUGCCAUUGGCAGCACAGUGGGAACCCACUGAUCAUGCGGAUAAGUUAAGUCGAAAGCAUAAAGACGAGGUGUUCACUGUGCGCAGUCUUCUCCUGCUGCCGGAAAAUCGGGGACGAAGUCUCAAGGUUGGAGAGAAGUUCCAGUCGUGGCUGUCAAAGAAGCAACUCCCUCAGUUUGACUUCAAGGCGUCUUUUAUAUAUUCCACCCGGGUACUGCAGGGUGCACCAGUUGCAUGUUUGUUGGAUAUUAUCCCAUGUACGGACGGCUCGUCCAUGCCCUUCCCGGGCAUCACGUUACAAUCUGUGUCCAUCGCAGUAAUGAGUCGAACCUCUGCACGUGCUUCUCAGUCGCUGAGGGGCUCAAUAACUGGCGACGUGGAUGAUCGAUUGGAAAUCUUAUCGAAAACGUCACUUGGCAUGCCCGUAUUGGGCCAGCUCGAUUUGAACGAGACAUUCGGACCGCUCAUAUUCAGACAUUCAGACGUAUCUUUCAGCACAUUCACCAUCUCCCGGUCUUACCGGCUAUGCGCGUCAUUUACCUUUGAGUGUGUGGGAAAGACUUUCGAAUUCCAUGCGAAUGACCUCGAGUUCUUUAUCGUCUCUGAUGUUGUUAGUCCCACGGUACAAAUGACCCCUAUGGAGCAAGGCACUGCUAUUACCGGGGUUUUCGAGCUAGCGGACACCGCUUCCCGGCGUUCAUCGUCGGAUGAGUAUGAUGAACUCCCUCCUCGGUACUCGAUGGCGGCUCCAAGUUCUGAGAAACCACCGACCAAGAACUAGUACGCUAUCUGUAUCACUUUCGGUCCAGUAUUUGAUAUGGGAGUUUGGGUAAUAGUUAUGGAUCCGCUGGUUCUGUUGAAGUAACUGUUAGGUCU